CGGACCAGAUCAACCAGGCAAUACAUAACCUGCAACAACUAAUGGAACAUAACAUCAAGUAUGUUGAGCAUCUAAAGUUGAGGAACAUGUUGGAGAGUUUGUUGAACUUCAUUGAAGGGAACAACUCAAACUUGGACCAGUCUGAUUAUGAUACUUCAUAUAAAGUUUGGUCAGGAUUUGACAUCGUUGUACGAUUGAAGGGCAUAGGUCUAGGCCCAGACAGUUUCCAGGAAUAUCAGAGAUGUUUUGAGCAAGCUGUUGCCCAGAGUGAAGAUGAGGCAAUGUCUGUGAGAGAUAGACAGAAUCAGGAGGUGAAGAUGAGCAGUAACACCUCGAAAAUACUGGAACAACUCUUCCAGAUACUGGACUAUAUGUACAGAGAUGAUCUCAAAUUUGUAGAAGAUUACAGGGUAGCCAUCAUGAAGUCUAUGCAGUAUGUUUCCAACAGGGACACGGGUGACAGAUGGCUUGGAAAGAAUAGGAGAGGUGGGUCUAGAAUUGUUGUGUUUACCCUGAACUUCUGGUGUAUGAACCCUGCUGUGGCAUUUUCAGACUUCAGUAGCUGCAGAAAUGUUGUGUUAAGUAGCGGUACCUUGUCACCUAUGUCAUCUUUUGCUUCUGAACUGGGUACACCGUUCCCUAUACAGCUAGAGGCCAAUCAUAUCAUAGAGGAUAAACAGGUGUGGGUAGGAGCAGUGGGAGUUGGGCCCGCUGGUAAACAGUUACAGGCAGUAUAUAGAAACAUGGAGACCUUCGACUUCCAAGAUGAACUAGGAGACUUUAUAUACCAAGUCUGCACUAAAGUUCCACAUGGUGUGCUUUGCUUUCUGCCUUCCUACAGAGCACUGGAAAAAUUCACAGACAGAUGGAGGUUGACAGGAUUAUGGAGCAAGCUUGCAAGUCGUAAGCGUGUGAUGGUAGAACCUAGAGCCGCUGACAGAGAGGAUUUUGACGGGAUGAUGAAAGCGUUCUAUGAAGUUGUAAAAGGAGAUCUCUACAAUGAUUAUCUUGAUGAAGAUGAGUGUAAUGAUGAUGAUUCUGAGAUAGAUGGUGCCUUGUUCUUUGCUGUGUGUAGAGGUAAAGUUAGUGAGGGAAUGGAUUUUGCUGACAACAAUGCUAGAGCCGUGAUUACAGUUGGAAUACCUUUCCCUAGUAUCAAAGAUGUGCAGGUAAAAUUGAAGAGAGAAUACAAUGACAAACACAGGAUUGAUAGAGGACUGCUAAGUGGCAGUGACUGGUACGAAAUUCAGGCUUUCAGGGCCUUGAAUCAGGCUCUAGGUAGAUGUAUAAGGCACAGGAAAGACUGGGGAGCUUUGAUUAUAGUUGAUGACAGAUUUGUGAAAAGGACAGACAAAUAUUGCAAGAGUCUGUCUCGCUGGGUGAGAUCAAAGGUUCAGACAUUUCAUGCUUUUUCUGACUUCCUUGGUUCAAUGUCAGACUUCACAGAGAAAAUGGUCAAGGAAAUGCCUAUAGUGGAUCCUGACACCUCAUUUAUUCCAUGUACACCUGGUGACGGAAGGAGGGAUUCUUCCAUAUACAAGAGGCACUCGCUGGACGAGUCACACUUAAAUAACUCCAUACCGGCAUCACCUAACUUCAGUAGUCCACCGAUGAGUCAGUCACCACACAUGCAAAACUUGUUCCGAACUCCGGAAAUCCCUGACAAAGGUAGAACAGCGACCAGCCCCGCUGUUACAGGGCUUGCAGGAGUUAGCUCCCCUAGCAUCCAGCAGCAGAUUAUGAAUGUUAUCAAUUCAGGGACAGCACCGAAAGAUCAACCAUACUACAUAAUACUAAACCAGGGAACACCAAGUGAACAAGCAUUUCUGAUAGAGCCGAAUAAACAUGGAGGUAGUAAUCCUACACAGACCAAAGUACCAUUCACGAUGUCACAGAUGUCAGAUACAAGUCUGCCUGGAAGUAGUCAACAACACAAGAUAGUCUUCAAUAUACCUCCUCAACUUCCUGUGCAAGGUACCAGCUUGCUACAGAAUCAGAUUCUGUUAUCACCAUCACAGGCUGCUUUGCAGGGAACCAGUCUGAAUCCUGACAUCAAGGGAGGUAAUCAGCAAAGCAGCUUAAAUUUUCCAGUUGGAGAAAAGAAAGAAAAUGUUCCAAAAGAAGAGAAAAAAACAGACAUGGUGUUUACAUUAGGUUCAAGUUCACUUUCUGCAGAGGAGCAAUUGAAGAGAUUUGUCAGUUCCAGUCAAGCGCCGAGAAAUCAGGCAUACUAUGUUGUGGUAAAUAACGGGGAGGCAAAUGAGAGAGCAUUCUUUAUUGAACCAAACAAAAAAGCAAAACCUAAACCAGGCUCAGAGAGGAAAACUGAAACAGAGAAAACAGAUUCUUCUGUAGCUACAAAUGAAGCAGCCAGAUCUGAACAGGAAGUGAAACCAGUGAAGUCAGAACAAGAUCUAAAACCAGUCAAAUCUGAACAGGAAGUGAAACCAGUGAAGUCUGAACAAGAUCUAAAACCAGUCAAAUCUGAACAGGAAGAAGUUGUACCUGAUUCCUCUACAGAAGGUGACCCAGAACCACAGAACAAGUUCCUAAAAUUUUGCCAGCUACCUAAAACCCCAUCUAAAGUCCCGGUUGCCACUGUAACACCUCAGAGACAAGCAGAACAGACUGUAACUUCAGUUAAAACAGAGCCAGAUAGCCAUCAUAAAUCUGUACCCAGCACUUCUGAUCCACAUCCACCCGCGUGUACUUCACCUGUCCUGUUUGAAGAUGUUCCAGUUGAUGUGUCAGCUGGUGCUGGUGUAGAUAACACUAGUAAUGUUGCCGACACAGAAAAUGAACUGAACACUAAGAAGAAGCCAAUAUUCAAGAAAAGGAACUCGCUUUCUACAAAAAUGCCAAAAGAGGAUUUCAUAGUACAAUCUGAAAAUGUUGAAAAGAAUGAAGUAGAAAAUUUGAGGAGAGAUAACAAUGUUGAAAAAGAUAGUAAUGAGGUAGAUGGUGCCGAUUCAGACUUUAAAACAGAAAGUAAUGCAAGGACAAAACUAACAACAAGAGGGAAAGUGAACAGGUCUGUGGUAGAUAAGGUGAAGCAAGGCAGGAAGAAGUCCACAGACGGAAUGAUCUUACAAGAUACAGCUAGGGAGAAUACUUUAGCUGAAGUAGAUGGGAUAGCAGCUUCAGGAAAUGAUGUACAUUCUGAUGAGGAAUUCUUGAAUACACGAAGACGAGGCGGGAGAAAACGUAAAUCAACAAGCAAGUUCGAGGAAUGGUCAAAGAGAUCUAAGAAAGGCGUUAUCUAUGACGAUGUUGACAACACAGCAGAGAAAGAAAACGAGGUUGGUAGCAAAUACUUGUCCUGUGUGAAGUGUGGUAAACAGUUAUUAAAAUCUUCCUAUCACGAGAAACAGAAAAGGCAUCCAGAAUUCCUGUCAGGGGUGUUCAAGAAGAACGUAGAGCUCUUACAUUUUCCUAAUGUUAAGGCGGAGGAGGUACUACUGCAAACAGUUGUGGCAGAAGCAAGCAGCAAAGGUUUAUUACUAAACAGUGUUUAUGAUGAUACGGCCAGAUGUUGUAUACAGUACCUUGAAUGCAAAGCCUGUAAGACAGAUACUGUGAUUGGAGCUAGAGUUCUGCUGGCAGACUCAAAUUCCAGAUAUAAAUUUGGACAGACUUGGAUUCUCUCAUCAGCUGCCAAAAUAUGAUGUACAGUCAUGUCCAACACAGUUGAACAAAAUGAUGCUCAUUUGUACAGACUUGAACCCUUACCAUGCUGGACAUGAUUCAUUCUGCCUUUGCGACCAGUGUAAAUCAUGAUCAGCCCGCACAUCCGUGCAGUCUGAUCAUGAUCUGCACUGUUCGCUAUUCAGUCGGUAUCUUUUUUGGCAAGCACCACUUUUAACAGUUAAUGGUACUGUCCAAAUUGAAAGACAAGUUAUAGAAAUUUAGCAGGGUAAGGGUUAAAUACUACUGAUAGAAGCCUGGCAGUCUUGAUAAUAACACUGAAGAAAGAGAAUGUGUGUUGAUAAUUAAAUUUAGUUCUACUGGCAUGUUUAUUUUCAAAAAGUUUUGUUUAACUUUGUGAAAUAGUGAAGUUACUGGUAACAGCUAACAGGUUAUAGAAACAAAAAUGUAUCACAGGGAGGCACUAGGUUAAAUUUGGAUAAGGAGGAAAAGCAUGGCAUUUCUAGUGAAAAUAGUUCAGUUUUAGCAUGUACUUCAGUCUUUUUUCAUUAAGUCUUGUUAAGAUUUUUUUUACAUCUCUUAUUGAAUUUGAUCUUUAUUUAACCGGCAAGUGAUUUUGCCUUUGCGACCAGUGCAGACCAAUUAAUUGUUCACAAAACUUUAAACUUGUUUAUUUCACUAUUCUGUGCCAGAAAUUGGUUGUCUUUGACCAGCAAACUUAAGUUUAAAGUUGACCACCAUGCAUGAAUAGUUUUACAUUUUUAGGUUAUAAACCACUAAAACUGUAAAUGUUGCAUGUAAAAUAUCUGCAGGUUUUGGCUAUGAAAUAAAAAGCAGAAAUGUAUUUGAGUUCUUGUAAAUUAUGGAAUGUUGUUAAUAAUUUAGUAAGCAUUUUUUGCAUAUGUUCAUGUAGAUUUAUUCCCAUGUUGAUUGUAAUUAUUAAAAAAAUAUACUCUAUAA